AUGCCGAACAACGAACCUGAUGAGAGGCUGGUGUACCUCGCGCUUCGGCAUGAGCUGUUCAGUGCUGAGAGGAAUAUGAAAGUGAAGACAAUCCGUGGACGAGUGCAGAAGCUGUCGAAUACCUCCGAGAUCAGGUCACUAAUUCAAGAAUACAAUAUUGACGCCAUCUGCCACGUUGCCAAGCGACUACUCGACGGGGGAAUAUAUGAGUCCACGCUGAAGGCCAAAAUAAGCUUUCCCGACAUUUUUGACGUGUCUCCAGCACAAAGUGCAGAGCGCGAGCAUUCGGAGCUGGAGGCCGCGAGACACGAGUCCAAUGUGUGGCAAGACGCUACGCAAGGCCAUGCAAUUACCCUUGAUCAUGAUGGAGCCGGGGCGCGUGCUAAGCAAGAAGCAGCGACGGCACAGAGCGCAACAGCUCGCUUGCGGACAUCCAGCGGUUUUCAGCAAGCUGUCAAGUCACUUUACCCGGUAUAUCUGCCGCUGAAAACGCAACACAAGCUUUUGGUGGAGGUUCAACGUAUUCUUGAAGAUACCUGCUUUUCCUUCGGCCAAAGACAAUUCCCUGCGUUCCUGGAAAAGGAGGGCUGGGAUUGUGCGGAAUCCGUUGAGUUGAACGUUUGGUCGAGUGUCCUGAGAGCCCAAAGAGACGUCCUUGCGGUACAAGACCUGACUGAGGCCGGCAAAUCGCUCGAAGACCUCCUUGGCUCCAUGGUCCACAUACGCCAUACAGCUGUACACCGACCUCGCGUCACUGUGGGUCGAGUACAACAGUUUCUGGCAGAUGCAGAGUCCUUGGCAAAACUUUUGAGUGAGGAAAAGUAUUCUUCUGUACUUACAAAGCUACGAUGGAAAACCCAAGCGAUAGUGGACGAGCUGAAACGUAGCAAAGAUCUUUUGGAGACUCGAAUUGCCACGACGCGGAAGGAGUUCGCAAGGCGUAGGGCUGAUCUCGAGAGUCAGGAGGAGUCCGCAAUCAGUGCGAUAUUGGAUGAGGAUCGUAUGUGCGAUCGAGUGUUUGGUGAAGACUUAGUAAAAGAGGUCGAGCUGGCGCAGGGCUUAGCUGUGGGAUACCAAUCCUCAAGCGGAGCAUGUGGUGUCGAAGUGGUUGAGGAAGAUUCCAUAUCUGUGACACGGGUUGCAGACAUUGAGCAUCCUGCGAAGGAAACCCAGGAUAUAGAGACGUAA